CAACCUGUUUAGGAAUUAAAAUGCUAUAAAUACAGAGAGAUAACACCCGAAACUUUAAAAGGGAAUCAGGCUGUCCAAACAAGUACUUCGUUAGAGUUAAAGGAUCAUGUAUUUGACUGGCAUACUAUUUGCGCUUGCUGUAUGCUACGUGCAUACGUAUCGAAUUGUUGAUGUUGGAAAUGGUAAGAUUCAUAUCCUUAAGGUGAAGCAAGAUGUCACUUUAGAAAGAGGAUCAACAAAUUUCAAUCGUCUUCCCUAUCUGAUCAUCGGACGCCAUCCACGAUAUCCUUUAAAGCGUUCUCUGGUCCAGUUUGAGAAUUUGAGAACUUCCUGUCCUGCCAACAAAAUAAAGUUUGCAAAGAUGUACCUAUACUAUGUGUACGCUCACAAAGCGAGUUUCCAAUCAGUUCGAAAAACACCGUUCCUUUCGCGAAAUAUAAUUAUUCACCGUGUUUUGAAAUCAUGGAGUGAACGUGCAGCUACAAGCAUAUAUCGUGUUGGAAAACUCGGGUGGUUUUCAAAAUAUCUGAAUCUUGGAAGAGACGCUGUGGCUAGUCGUCAAUAUCCUGUAACACGAUUGCACACAGCCCGUCCACCUGGCUGGAUGGAAUUUGACGUCAGAAAAGCAAUACUUGCAUGGAAGCGUGGACGUCCAAACUUUGGUCUGUUGAUCCGUGUGCAGAAGGAGAACGUUUUGGGAAGAGAUAUCCGUUUUGCAAGUAAUAAUCACCGAAAUGUAAAAUUACACGCCAAAAUCCAUGUUUUGUGUCGUUAUUAAACUCAAUAACAUGCCGAAGUGCGUGUUUCAGUUGACAAUUAAUUUCUUUAAAUUGUUCUCUAAAAUAAACAUAUUUGUUAUCUUAGUGGUUUUGUUUCUGUUAAGAUUGUACCAAUGUUA